GCGCGGGGCGGGGCGAUGGCGCGGCUGUGGCGGUGCGGCGAGGAGCUGGGGGACGCGGCGCGGCAGCAGGAGCGGCACUACGAGCUGCUGUCCGAGCUGCAGGCGCUGGUGAAGGCGCUGCCCAGCUCCUGCCAGCAGCGUUUGUCUUACACAAUCCUCAGUGACCUGGCAUUAGCACUCCUUGAUGGAACAGUCUUUGAGAUUGUUCAGGGUCUGCUUGAGAUUCAGCAUCUGACAGAAAAGAACCUCUACAACCAGCGGCUGAAGCUGCACAACGAGCACCGAGUGCUCAAGCAAGAAAUGUUCCACAAACACAAAGAGGCCCAGCAAUCCUGUAAACCACAUAACCUGCCACUCCUCAGAGCAGCUCAGCAGAGAGAAAUGGAGACUGUGGAGCAGCGAAUUCGAGAUGAACAGCGAAUGAUGGAUGAGAAAAUAGUCUUGGAACUAGACCAGAAAGUAGUUGACCAGCAGAGCACCCUGGAGAAAGCUGGAGUGUCUGGAUUUUAUAUCACCACAAACCCUCAGGAGCUGACUUUACAAAUGAACUUACUAGAACUAAUUCGGAAGUUGCAGCAAAAGGAAACACAGCCAGAGAAAGCAUUCUCCUGAAUGGACCCAGCUGCAGUUUUCCAGAAUGUCUGACUUCUUGCUAAUGCAUAGAGUACUAAAUGCAUUUGCUAUAAAAAAGCAAGAUAAAGAAGCCACUUUCCACCAAGUCUGGAAAAGAUGGCCCCUUUUUACUGGGAGUUGGAGGACUCCAAAGUACCGAGGGACAGUUGGAGUAAGGUGUUUGUAAUGAUUUCUACUGUGUUUACUACGCAUCUCAGUUACAGCUGUUGAAAAAAAUUUCACUGACCUCUAUUCUCAGUUUUAAUAAGUGAUUAAGGUCUUGUGGUCCUUGAAUAACACAUGUUUUGUAAUGUCUCUUCUGAAGUCAUUACCUCUUGAAUGUUGUAUAAAAUGUAGCAAAAGGUCUGAAGGAAGUAACUCUGGGUACUUGGAACAUGUCAGUAACAUCUCCUUUUGGAAAACAGGAUAAUAGAUGCAAUGUUUAAGUGACAUUUUGGAAACCAUCUGUGGGUCAUCUUGGAUUCCAAAUAAUAUCUCCUACUCAGUCUCAAAAUACAGAUCUCUUUCCUCGUGUUCUCAGAGGGCAUGGGUUUCUGAUAAAGGACCAUAAAUAACAAGAAAGGAUUGAAUAGCUGCUGAUAUCAAAAACAGGUACAGUAAACACUCUGGUAACCGGCACCUUACAAGCUGGUAUGCUCUGUUAAUAGAGCAUACCAGCUUGUAAGGAAAGUGAAACUGGAAGUGCCCACCAUGGCACUUCCGGUUUCUCCGGGCCCCCAUGGCCCAGGGCAAAGCAGCCUGCACUGACGAGCCCCCACGGGCCAGGGACAUAACAGGCUGUGUGGGGUUGUGUGAGGCCCACCUCCCUGUCCCACGGGGCCCACAGGGCCUGCGGGAGGGGUGGUGAUGCCACAGGAGGGGCAGAGGAACACCCCAGAUGCGGCAGAAGAAGCUGCAGCCGGGGCCGCUCAAUUAACCAGCAUAUUUUGUUAUCUGGCGUCCCCCAUUCCCAAGGGAUGCCGGAUAACAGAGCUUUUACUGUAAUUGGAUGGCUUUACUUUGCUGUGGAGGCUGAGCAUGGCCUUUCUAGUCUCAUCUUGGUACACAAUUAGGAAGCUAUGAAUCAAGACUUCUGUAUGUGUUAAGAUAAAAAUAACCUUUUUAAAGCAAGCUGGAGCACACUUUCCCUUUCCAAAGCAGCCUCUUUAUUUUGAGUGUUGUUUCUUAAAGAAAAAGCCAGGCCUGCAUAGUGCUUUUGACAUUAGAGGUGCAGUUUCAUGAGGGAACCUUUGGACACCUAUACACAUGCUCCGGGGACUGGGAAGAGGGUGUUUUAAUCAGAGUGGCUUACAUAUUCAGCAUCCUGUGUUUCAAAAUGGUGACAGGGGCCACAUAUUGGGAACACCAUCUUGGCACUGCACAUGAAUAUUGUGGUUGGUUUACUACACUCUAUGCUACUUCAGUGCCAGGUUCAGAUUGCAUAACAAAUAAAAGUUCACCUGUGUUUCUA